UCUUGACACGCAUGUCUCGUCCCCUCUCGCUCGCUUGAUCGGCCCGCGCUGCUUUUCUUGCUUUCUUGGUUGACCUCGCACUCGCAGAAUGUGUUGCAGAUGCCGAUGCACGGAACAUCAGGCCGGAGAAACCGGAGACGUCUGAAAUUGACCCACACAUUUGAGCCGUAGAAUUGUAGCUUUUGGCUUCGCAUGGGAUCUCGGAUUGCAUUUGACUACUAGCAUUUCUAUGAUCAGUGAGUCUGGACGCUGCGAUAGGUUACGGGAAUGCCGAUUUCACGCGUUUGAGUGUUCGGUGAACGAACUGAAGUCUUGACGUCUCGGAGGAGAGGGCACAUGAGAUUUUUCGGAGUUGGUCCCAUUGGGCUCGUAGACAUCUGAAAUGAAUCUGCCGACAACUUUGUCCAGAAUUCUUAAUCCCCUGUUUACGGACAUUAACGAGGAUGAAUUGGAAACAGAGUGGAAAGAUAUUGAUAACAUGCCACCUGAGCAGCGACUUUACACUGGCCUUCUUGAGAUUCCUGGACAAGUGCAAUGUUUCCUAACUCGGCCGAAGUUACAAGUUACAGAUAUGCGGACCUUAGAAAAGUCUCAGCGACAAAAGCUCGUGGAGAAGACGUUUCAGACCAGCGAUCAAGACAAUGAACGCCUUCUAUUGCACUGCAAACAGCGCAUAGACCGAGCUCGGGUGUCGCUGCCGACGGUGGAGGUGCGGUUCGAAGGUUUAACGAUCAGUGCCGAAGUUUACGUUGGAAACCGCGCUUUGCCAACGUUGCCCAAUUUUGUUCGGAACAUGUGGGAGGGAUUUUUGGAGGCAUGUAGGUUAAUACCCUCCAACAAACAAGAUUUCAUUAUUCUGAAUGGCGUGAGCGGCGUUGUAAAGCCUGGAAGGAUGCUUCUGGCUCUCGGACCACCAGGCUGCGGAAAGUCGACUUUGUUGAAGGCUUUAGCUGGGAAGCACGACAAGGGUCUUAAGGUUCACGGCGCAGGACUAUCGAGAUGGGAAAGCCUUUUUAAAAGUGGCCCACAGCAUCAAAAACUUGGUAGUAUUACCUACAAUGGUCACGAUAUGACUGAGUUCAUAGCUGAGCGUACAUCCGCCUACGUAAGCCAGAAUGACAAUCAUAUCGGUGAACUAACAGUAAGAGAGACUCUGGACUUUGCAGCACGUUGUAUGGGAGUUGGCUACAACCUAGAUUUGUUGAAAGAAUUGAUUGCAAAGGAGAUGGAAGACGGUGUGCAUCCUGAUCCAGAAAUUGACGCCUUUAUGAAGGGCAUCGCUAUUGAGGGUGCACCAAGUAGUCUAUCAACAGAUUACAUUCUCAAACUUCUUGGUCUUGACAUAUGCGCCGAUACCUUGGUGGGCAAUGAGAUGCUGCGAGGAAUUUCAGGAGGUCAAAAGAAACGUGUCACCACUGGAGAGAUGAUUGUUGGCCCGAAGCGUGUUAUGUUUAUGGAUGAAAUUUCCACGGGCUUAGACAGUUCUACAACCUUUCAAGUUGUUAAAUGCCUGCGAAAUAUCACGCACACGAUGGAAGCAACCGUUAUGAUUGCGCUUCUCCAACCAGCACCUGAAACGUAUGAGCUGUUUGAUGAGGUACUACUUAUGUCCGAGGGCCUUGUUGUAUACUUGGGACCACGUGAUGGGACGCUUGAGUUCUUCGAAACGCUGGGUUUCAAGCUUCCCCCAAGGAAAGGAAUCGCGGACUUCCUUCAAGAGGUAACCUCCAAGAAAGACCAGAAGCAGUAUUGGGCAGAUAAAGACAAGCCUUACAUCUACAUAUCCGUGGAAGAAAUGGCGGCUGCCUUCAAAGCCUAUCCUACAGGCCAGGAGCUUGCCUCUUACAUGGAAACUCCUUUUGAGAGACGGAAAAGCCACCCUGCUGCACUUGUACGGAAUAAAUAUGCUCUCACGGGAUGGCAACUUGUUAAGGCUUGCACGGAGCGAGAAAUGACACUCAUUAAGCGAAAUGCCUUCCUCUACAUCUUUCGUACAUGUCAGGUGGGCUUUGUGGGCUUUGUGACGUCUACUUUAUUCAUUCGAGCUAGGAUUCACCCGACCGAUGAGCAAUUUGGGAACCUUUAUCUGGGAUCUCUGUUUUUUGCAUUGAUUCACAUGAUGUUCAAUGGAUUCUCAGAAAUGGCCAUGACAGUCCUACGACUUCCUGUACUCUACAAGCAGCGUGAUAAUUAUUUCUUUCCAACUUGGACUUUCACCUUUCCUUGCUGGUUAUUACGGGUACCAUACUCAAUUGCCGAGGCCAUCAUUUGGUCGUGCAUGGUGUACUAUGUAAUCGGACUGGCUCCUUCAGCUACAAGGUUCUUUCGCUACAUGUUUUUACUACUACUUAUGCAUCAGAUGGCAUUAGGCCUCUUCAGGCUCAUUGGUGCGCUCGGAAGAACUAUGGUUAUAGCAAAUACUUUCGGCACGUUUGCUCUCAUUGUUGUGUUCUUGUUAGGUGGUUUCAUACUCUCGAAAGAUAGCAUACACAAUUAUUGGGAAUGGGGGUAUUGGGUCUCACCUCUCUCAUACGCACAGAAUGCGAUCGCAGUGAACGAGUUUCUCGAUAAUCGGUGGAAUAAGAUCAGCUCAGUGAACAACAACUCACUUUCCUUGAACGUGCUUCUUUCACGGGGGCUUAAAACGAAAAGCUUUUGGUAUUGGAUCGGAGUUGGAGUUCUCAUAGCAUAUACCAUCCUGUUCAACUUUAUGGUUACAUAUGCACUGAAGUACCUCGAUCCUCUUGGUCAAAAGCAGGCAAGCAUGCCGGAAUCUGCAGUAAAAGGUUCAAUCGAUAAGCAAGUUGGAGAGGGUUCUCAGUCUGAGUCUGCGACAACAGCUAUAAUUGCAGAACGGGUCCCAAAUACUGAUGAAGGUUCUCACUCAGAGUCAGAUGUACCCGCAAGAAGCGCAGAAGACACUGACAGAGAAGACCUUCAAAGUGUGGAAGCGAAUCUCAGUAGCUUCGUGCAUUCAGGGGGGGCUGUAGAAAUUACACCAGGAACCAAGAUGUACUUAGAAAGGGUUUUUGGAACAAGUGUACGUUCGGAAGUGGACCUCGAGGGGGGACCAUCCUCAGAGCAGACUCCUAGAGCUCAGAAAGGGAUGAUUAUUCCAUUCAAGCCUCUGUCUCUUACUUUCCGCAACGUCAACUAUUACGUUGACAUGCCUCCUCACUUAAAGGAAGGAGGUACAGGCGAAUUACGGUUGCAUCUACUGAAAAAGGUUAGCGGUGGAUUCAGACCAGGGGUUCUCACGGCGCUCGUUGGAGUAAGUGGUGCUGGAAAGACCACACUGAUGGAUGUGCUGGCAGGCAGAAAGACUGGUGGAUACAUAGAUGGAGAUAUCAGAGUUUCAGGUUUCACAAAGCGUCAAGAUACUUUUGCUCGUAUAUCUGGAUACGUGGAGCAAAAUGACAUUCAUUCUCCGCAGGUUACGGUUUACGAAUCAUUGAUCUACUCAUCAUGGCUUCGCCUUCCAGAUUCAGUGCAAGAAUCUACCCGCUUGGAGUUUGUGCAAGAGGUUAUGGAUCUGGUGGAGCUAGCAUCAUUAAAGGGGGCGCUGGUUGGUUUACCAGGCAGCACUGGGCUGUCCACUGAGCAGAGAAAACGUCUCACAAUUGCAGUUGAACUUGUUGCGAAUCCAUCUAUUAUCUUUAUGGACGAACCAACCUCCGGCCUUGAUGCUAGAGCUGCCGCAAUUGUCAUGAGAACAGUAAGGAAUACCGUAGACACGGGAAGAACGGUAGUGUGCACCAUUCAUCAACCGAGCAUUGACAUAUUUGAAGCCUUUGAUGAGCUCUUGCUUAUGAAACGUGGUGGGCAAGUUAUAUAUUCCGGACCUUUAGGGACAAAUUCGGAAUUACUUAUCAAAUAUUUUCAGGCUGUUGAUGGAGUAACUCCAAUAAACGAUGGGUACAACCCAGCGACAUGGAUGCUUGAGAUUACCUCUCCGGCAAAUGAAUUGCGCAUUGGAAAGGACUUCGCUAAGAUCUAUGCAGAGUCUGAACGGUAUCGAAGUAAUGAUGCUGUCAUUCUGGAGUGCAAUAUUCGCCCAAGUGAUGCAAAGGACCUCGAAUUCCCUACGCAAUAUUCGCGGGAUGUUUUCACUCAGGUGAAAGCCUGCCUGUGGAAGCAACAUCUCACAUAUUGGCGCAGUCCUUACUACAAUGCAGUGCGGUUUUUCUUCACCAUCACGGUUGCCCUCAUAUUCGGCUCAAUCUUUUACGGGAUUGGAGCCAAGAGGACUUCCCAAACAGCCAUUUUCAAUGUUAUGGGUGCAUUAUAUGCGGCUGUGUUGUUUAUGGGCGUAAAUAAUGCCGCAAGUGUGCAGCCUAUUGUUUCAGUUGAAAGAACAGUAUUUUAUCGAGAGAGGGCUGCAGGCAUGUACGGGCCCCUUCCAUAUGCUCUAGCACAGGCUGGCAUUGAAAUCCCGUACAUAUUCGUACAAACUCUGAUCUAUGGCAUCAUCACAUAUGCUAUGAUUAAGUUUGAAUGGACGGCAGCGAAGUUUUUCUGGUAUUUACUGUUCAUGUUCAUGACAUUUACGUACUUUACAUUUUACGGGAUGAUGGCCGUUGGGCUGACGCCGUCCCAACCGGUGGCGGCUGUGGUCUCUUCAGCUUUUUAUUCACUGUGGAAUCUCUUCUCAGGGUUUUUAAUCCCGAGACCUAGGAUUCCCGGGUGGUGGGUCUGGUUCUACUGGAUAAGUCCUGUAGCCUGGACAUUAUAUGGACUCAUAACGUCCCAGCUCGGGGAUGUGGAGUUUAUAAUGGAGGCCCCUGGAUAUGGUAGUGUACCCGUGAAGGACUUUUUGACGGUUUACUUUGGAUACAAACAUAGUAUGUUGGGAAUAUGUGUUCUUGUCUUGUUUAUCUUCAUGAUGUUAUUCUGGGUUAUAUUUGCUUCUUCUAUUAAGUUUCUUAACUUUCAAAAUCGAUAGCUGAUGAGCUUUGUGUACAUCUCAUAUCUUGGAGCCGCGACGACUGUGAAUGUAAGUUUUUACUAAGACAGUAUAGAACCAUCCAAAGCAUGAAGUCAUCCAGAAAGUAGACCUAGAGUUUGCCAGUACAGAAGCUCUCCAAAAUUUUGACUGCUGUAAAAGUAUAUGAUAGUUGAGGUAGCUAGUUUCAAAGCGAAAGGACCAAGUUAUUCUAUCUUUCUUCUAGUUUAUUCACCUCAUUGUCCAGCCUAGAAGCCAGUGAUACAGUAAAUAAAUAGAGCUUCAGUGUUGUGAAAUUCAUCCGCGUUUGAGACUCGUGUCCCGAGCUGUCGCUUUUCAUGGUAACACGUACUCUGUUUGAAAUCCAUGUUCAUUACCGUAGUGGUUCUCAUA